AUGACUGACACAAGCAUGGAGCAAGAAGAGGACUGCAUUGAGGAAGAAGAGGAAGAAUGGAUAGAGGAGGAAGACGAACAAGAAGAGCAAAUAGAGGAGGUGGAAGAGGAGGCUGAGGAAACCAGGGCUGAAGAACAUGAAGAUGAAGCUAAGGAAGCAGAAGAAGGUGGAGAGCAGGAGCCUGGGGAAGCAGAAGAGGCAAAACCAAGGCCCAAACUGUUUAUGACAAACCUGGUGCCCCCCAAGAUCCCAGAUGGGGAGAAAGUGGACUUUGAUGACAUUCAUCGCAAACGCAUGGAGAAGGACCUGAAUGAACUGCAGACCCUGAUUGAAGCUCAUUUUGAGAACCGGAAGAAGGAAGAGGAGGAGCUCAUCUUCCUCAAGGACAGAAUCGAGCAGCGGCGAGCGGAGCGGGCUGAGCAGCAGCGGAUCCGCAGUGAACGGGAGAAGGAGCGCCAGGCCCGUGUGGCCGAAGAGAAAGCUCGCAAAGAGGAAGAGGAGGCCAGGAAGAAGGCUGAGGAGGAUGCCAGGAAGAAGAAGGCUUUCUCCAACAUGCUGCAUUUUGGGGGCUAUCUGCAGAAGACAGAGAAGAAGAGUGGGAAGAAGCAAACAGAGCGGGAGAAGAAGAAGAAGAUCCUCAGUGAACGGCGCAAACCUCUGAACAUCGACCACCUCAAUGAAGACAAGCUGAGGGACAAGGCCAUGGACCUGUGGCAGAGUAUCUAUGACUUGGAAGCUGAGAAAUUUGACUUGCAGGACAAAUUCAAGAGGCAGAAAUAUGAGAUCAAUGUUCUCCGAAACCGUGUUAGCGAUCACCAGAAAGUCUCGAAGGCUGCCCGUGGGAAGAGCAUGGUCGGUGGCCGAUGGAAAUAGACACUGCCUGGGUGGAAGGCAGACGAGAGGCGCAGGCAUGGAGAGGCACAUUCCCGUUUGGUCAUCCAGUUGGAUUCCCUAUGCCACAAAACCUGCAUGAACCCACAACCCCCAAGUUCCCGAGGCACCAACCAGUCGGGCUUGUGAAGACUUCACUGCAGGGGUAGCACUGUCUGCAUGUGGGCAAAUGCUUUGUGAUGUGCUGUUUGCUCUUGUCACCAAACCCCAGGAUGUUGUUGUGUCUGUAAAUAAAGAUGAGAGUGAAGGGA